GUGCGUGGUCCUCCUCGCGCAAAACGACCUCCAAACACUUCCGCUCCACUCGCGGUGUCAGCAUCUCUCCUCAGCAUCUCCUCCGUUAACACUCCGUUACUCGCGAACAUUCCCGCUGCCUGCAGACCGCGCGUCAUGGCCGCGUAUAAGCUGGUGCUGAUCCGCCACGGAGAGAGCUGCUGGAACCAGGAGAACCGAUUCUGCGGCUGGUUCGACGCCGAUCUGAGCGAAACCGGAGCCGAGGAGGCCAAGAGGGGCGGCCAGGCCCUGAGAGAUGCGGGUUAUGAGUUUGACAUCUGCUACACGUCCGUGCUGAAGCGUGCCAUCAGGACCCUGUGGCUGGUGCUGGACAGCAUCGAUCAGAUGUGGCUGCCCGUGCAUCGCACCUGGCGUCUGAACGAGCGCCACUACGGCGGCCUGACGGGCCUCAACAAAGCCGAGACGGCGGCCAAACACGGCGAGGCGCAGGUGAAGAUCUGGAGACGCUCCUACGACAUCCCACCUCCACCCAUGGACCCCGAGCACGACUUCUACACCUCCAUCAGCAAGGACCGUCGCUACGGCGACCUGACGGAGGACCAGCUGCCCUCGUGUGAGAGCCUGAAGGACACUAUCGCUCGAGCGCUGCCGUUCUGGAACGAGGAAAUCGUUCCUCAGAUCAAGGAGGGCAAGAGGGUCCUCAUCGCUGCUCACGGCAACAGCCUGCGAGGAAUCGUCAAACACCUGGAGGGAAUGUCAGAAGAGGCGAUUAUGGAGCUGAAUCUGCCCACAGGAAUCCCCAUCCUUUAUGAGCUGGACAAGAACCUGAAGCCGGUGAAGCCCAUGCAGUUCCUGGGAGAUGAAGAGACUGUCCGCAAAGCCAUGGAGGCCGUCGCUGCUCAGGGCAAAGCCAAGAAGUAGAUUAUAACUUCACGCAAUCCUCCUCAGAAAUGCAACCAGUAUUUUACCGUGAGCCUAGAACCAAACCACUGACCAAUCAUUUAUCUCCAAACGCUCUCGAUACAAUUCAAACGUAACUGCUUGGGUAUGUGUGUUAACGCUGUGAAACUGAGCCACAAGGAGGGAGUUUAGCUCUAUAUAGUCUCGGCACUGAAAAUCCACGACCGCACAUUUCGAAUGAUGGCACAUGUGUUUGUCUGUGACGGCAUCGCUUUGACAACUGUUGCCAGGCAACAGCAUAUAUUAAUCACCGGGUGGGCUGCAGAAGUGGUGCGUUUUCCCGUCUUUUGCGUGAUUCAUGCUUUGUACUGCUGCUCUAUAUCUCUGAACACCCACAGAAAUCUUCUUGAAAUAUCCCACAAGAUCUGCGUUAGGAUUCACCUACAUCUAGAGUCGAGAAGUGAGUUUUGUUGGUGAUUAACAGCAGAUUAUAUUCCUGUGACCUCAUUUUUUGUCACUUUUUAUGUGUUAAAUAUCACUGUAUGUUGAAGACGUGCUGUAAUCCAUGUCAUGUUCAAUGCAUUUUGACCCAAGUCUCCUGCAAACAUUUACCGUUAAGGAAAUAUUGAAUAUUGCAUCCUAAUAUUCAGUAAUUAUAUAAUAAUUGUCUGUUCUUUUACAUUUUGUUUGUACAGCAAAUGUUAAAAUUAUUUUGCUUGGCUGAAUGACAGAGUUAUGUGUACAGGUAUGCGAGUAUGUGUGCAAUCCCUAAUAAAUGUUGGCUUACUUGAGCAGAAAUAAA